AUGUCUGGUAGCCUUCGCCAACAACUGCGUGGAUGGGCCCGCAACAUUGGCGUUGCCAGCAAGCGUGAGAAAGAAACCCUGAUGGCUCAAAUCAUGCAGCUAGAUGUGCAGGCAGAUUCUAGUGGACUGGAUGAAGAUGAAUGGGCACAAAGAUACUAUCUUGAAGACCAACUCCUCCAAAUCACUGCUUUCAUCAAGGGGAGUAACUUGCUUGAGGGCCCUCUAGCGCUCAUUGAAAUUGUGCAUGAGCUCCGCUCAAAGAAAUUGGGUGGUAUUCUCCUUAAGCUCGACUUCGAGAAGGCGUACGACCGGGUUAACUGGGAGUUCCUGGCUGAAGUGCUUCGGUGCAAAGGUUUUGAAGAAGCCUAUAUCAGCAGAGUGUUGCAGUUAGUUUCCGGCGGACAGACCGCCAUCUCCAUCAACGGCGUGAUUGGCCCAUACUUCAGGAACAAAAGAGGGGUGCGUCAAGGGGACCCGCUAUCCCCUCUCCUGUUUAACUUCAUUGUUGAGGCUUUGUCUGGAAUUCUAUCUGCAGCUGGGGCUGCUGGCCACUUACAGGGUGUGCUCUGGAACGGCAAGGCAAAGCCAAGCGAUCGGGAGGGCCUCCGGUGGUUGGAGAACAAGCUGAGGGAGCUUUACGCCGCCAUGAGACCAGGUCACACAAGCCAAUGA